UGGCAUAGUCUUACGAAAGCUAAUUGCUGAUUGGGUGAAUUUAAUGAGCGGCUAUAUGGAGUCAUAAAUUAGGUCUCAUGUUUGAUAAGUCCGGUGAACGUGAUUGGGUAGUUCAACAAUGGCACCUAAUUGCACAACAAAACGCGUGGCUAAUAUGUCCGAUUCUGAUUCUAAUUACUUCAUACAAUAAUGGAAGGUAUUGAAAAACGGAAUUCUUAGUGAAACCGACUUGGACCUUUCUCGGAGCGCGUGAACAGUCAAAAUUACUUCUCUGGAGCGAAAGAAAAGAUACCCAUUCAAUUCCAAAGACAGUUGGCGCGAAAUUGAAGUGAAUCGACAACAUCAGAGAAUAAGAUUUUGACGGUGAAAUCUGAUGUAGGUUGAAAUAACAGGMAGAAUCAUGAGUUCCAACAAUUCAGAAGCUACAUCACCCCCACCAGUGCCCUCUACAACAAAGAAACAACCGAAUAGUGAAUCUAUGAAUAAUGAUAGUUCAGAUGGACGUGACUUAUUGCACUCUCUCAAAGGACAAGUUUCAUUUGCUAAACAGUGCCUUGGGCUUUUACAAAACCAAAUGAAGCAUGCUAUGGACACUCUUGAAAUCCUCCAGGAUCAGGUCAUCAAAGCACAAUUAACUAUAGAAAAAUUAGAGAGAAAAGGCAGUAAGCAAAGUGACCAGAAAGUCCAACCAGGUGUAAGCAGUUGUGACCACCAUUCCUCAACAGAUGAUAUAUCACCUGGUGCUGUCCCACUUCAUGGCUAUCGUAUGUUUGUAGUUGAUAGUACAGGACAGCCUCUCUAUGCUAUUGACAAGUCAGCUGCAACUUCAUAUGGGGUUCCUGUGCAACAUCAAGGGGGAUCAUGUCAUUGCCCAUCAUGUAACAAUAUUGGAUUAGGCCACCCUGUAUUUAUAACAGAACAAAAUCAACAGCUAAUUGCUCUUCACCCAGGUCAAGCUGUGUAUCACAUUGAUGGAAAACCAGUUGUGUCACCAAGUUCCUCAAUUCAUGACACAAACAAAAAAAGUGAUCAUCAAACUUCAUCUACAUCUGAUCACACUUCUACAAAGAAACGAAAGCAUUCUAUAUCAGACAGUGAAGAUAGUCCAAAGCAAGCUGCAAGUGAAUCAAGUGUGAGCCAAAACGAGGGAAAGUCAUCUCCAAUAACCUCACAACUUUUACAAGUACUUGAUGUCUUACAAAAUGCUGGUGAUGAUGAGAGCAAAGAAUCCGUUUUACCUUGUAGGUCAAGCAGAGGGGCUACAAUACCUUUUACAGCUAUUGAUGGCAAAGAUGGAAACAAGAAGAGAAACAUAAGCAUUGUCUCUGAUACUGAACUAGCCAAGCGAAAUGCAGUKCCCAACCCAUCACAAGAAGAAACACCAGAAAAAGUGAAAUCUAGUGACAAUGAAGUAAAGAAAAGUACAACUAGGGUACCUGGUGGAACAAAAAUGAGCACAGCAUGGAGUAUUCGUACUUGGUGUGAAUGGGCUGAAGAGCGUAAAAAUACCACUCUUACUGAUAAUUCGGAUUUGUUUAAAGUAGUAAAUCCAGAUGUAACAAAUUUAAGUGAUGGUGAACUAAAUUAUUGGCUUAGUAAAUUUGUAGUAGAGGUAAGAAAAAAGAAUCCUCUGGGUGAACCUUACCCACCGAAUUCACUCUAUCAGUUAUGCUAUGGAAUCAUGAGGCAUUUGAAAGGAAAUGGUCGACCAGAUGUUAACUUUUUUGAAAGCUCUUCUUUCAAGCUUUUUCAGGACACCUUAGAGGCUGAAACUAAACGUUUGCUUUCUUUGGGGGUUGGUGCCAAUGCAAAGAUAUCCGAAACCUUUUCAAAUGAGCAUGAGGAGAAGCUUUGGGACUUGAAACUGUUAGGUUCCCACACUCCUGAUGUUUUGUUGGACACAUUGCUAUUUUUGAUUGGUAAGAACUUUGGCUUGAGAAGUGGGAAUGAACACCGUAACCUUCAGUUCAAGCAGUUUACACUUGUUACUGCCAGAAACAAUGACCCAGAGAAAUUAGUAUACAAUUCACCUAUGGAUAACAGCCAUCAUCUUAAGAUUCAGAGAAGUAAAAGAAAUGAGUGCUAUUCAAACACAGAGAGGCCAGAAAGGUGUCUAGUUAGCUUAUACAAGAAGUACCUGGAGAGAUGUCCAAAAUCUGCUYUGAAGAAAAAACUGUUUUAUCUAAUGCCAAAGAGGAAGUGGUAUGAAGAAGAUAAAGAGUGGUAUAGUGAUCAUCCUGUUGGCCAUAAUCCUUUGGGCCAGACUGUUCGUAGGCUGUGUCAAAAAGCUGGUUUUGAGGGAUAUUUUACAAACAACAGCUUACGGCCAUCUACGCUUGGGCUUGGAAGUGGAAGUUUCAAUAAGAAUGUCAUUACAGAAAGRAAGUAAUCAAAGAUUUAUCGGAAUUAAGUUGUAAAUAAAACAAUAAGUUUAGUAGUAAUGUUGAAACAUUAUAGAUAACUUUUCGAUUACUAACACAAUCUCCAAGA